UACCGCCCUCAUCCUCCGUUAACCGCCGUCUCCUUCUUCAAAAAUCUCCCUCCGCCGCUACUGUAUAUCCUUCUAGAAAAUACCAGCAAAUUGAACUCCGCCCGCACAAUAGCUUAAUGCCUCCAACUGUGAGUAUGCAAAGUCGUACGUGAUGGAAGGGGACGACGUCGUUCCAAGGACGUUUAGAGCGCUAGCGGAUAGCGCGGAGAAGAAAUUCGCCAGGGUGCGUGACCUGCCGUCUUACGGCGGCGGCGCGCCGAUCGGCCACUACUUCCACAAGGUGUUCAAGGCGUACACGCGGCUGUGGAAGUUCCAGCAAGAGAACCGGGCUAAGCUGGUGGAAUCGGGGCUGCGGCGGUGGGAGAUCGGAGAAAUUGCUUCCCGGAUUGGGCAGCUUUACUACGGCCAGUACUUGCGAACAAGCGAGGCUCGAUUCCUCAUUGGAUCUUACAUCUUCUACGAGGCGAUUCUUCACCGGAACUAUUUCGAGGGCUCAGGGAAGGAUCGCGGCGUCCGGUUCAAGGAACUGCGGUUCACCGCGAGGUUUCUGACGGUAUCCUUGAUUCUCAACCGGUCUGAGAUGGUCAGUCUUCUUGUCGACCGCUUCAAGGAUAUAGUCGACGAGAGCAUAUCCACUUUCCCGGGUACAAACUUCAAAGAGUGGAAACUGGUGAUUCAAGAACUUGUCCGAUUCACAAACGCUGAUUUUUCGUCUUUAAUUCUCAGGCCUUUGCGAUAUUGCGCCUUGUUUGAUACGUAUCCCUUGUCUCAUCCAUAUGUGAACCGCUUCCAUGCUUCAAAGGUCCUUAAGUUUCAAGAUGCCCUGCUGACAAGCUAUCAUAAAAAUGAGGUUAAAUUUGCUGGAUUAACUCUAGACACUUUUAGAAUGAUGCAAUGUUUGGAGUGGGAACCCAGUGAUUCUUUCUAUCAAAAGGAACAACCUGAAUUUCAGGAGAAUGGGUUAUUGGCUGAUCAGUCGUUGACGUCUGGUCUGAUUGAUGUUAAUUUGGGGAUGAAUUCAAAUCUUCCUCCAAACCCUAAAAAGGUUGUACUUUAUCGGCCUUCUGUUCCACACUUGAUAGCGGUCAUUGCCAAACUAGUUGAUGAGCUUCCUCCAGAAAGUUUGAUCAUGUUAUACCUCUCAGCAUCUGGAUGUUCUGGUCAGACUAGUUCAUCAGUGAUUGGAAGAUCUACGAGUUCCAGAAAACCCGUGAAGCCAACAUCUCAGACGUCUCAAAAACAACAUACAAGUUCCAAGGGAGGAGAGUCUACUAGUUAUUUUGAGAAAUAUUUGUCGUUAGGCCAUUCCAGAACUGAAGGUCCGAACAACCUAUACCCAGGGGAUCUAAUCCCUUUCACGCGAAGACCUCUUUUCAUAAUCGUUGAUAGUGACAGCAGUCAUGCAUUCAAGGUUCUCCAUGGUGCAGAAAGAGGAGAAAGAUGUGCAUUGCUUCUGUCUCCUUUGAGACCCUUAUAUAAGACGCCGAACUCUGAUGUAAUGAGGAACGGGAGUCAGUUCACCUUCUUCUUGGCCUCUCCUUUACAGGCUUUCUGUGAAUUGGUUGGCAUCAAACCAAAUGAGGAUGAUAAUGAUGCAGACACCAUAAUCUCCACUGCAUUUUCUGAGUGGGAGAUAAUGCUGUGUACCACAAGUAGCCUAGACUUGGUUUGGGCUCAAGUACUGUCUGAUCCAUUUCUCCGCCGACUUCUGCUCAGAUUCAUUUUCUGCCGUGCCGUGUUCACUCUGUAUUGCCUAAAGGAAAACGGUGACCAGUAUUUGCCUGUUUGUCUCCCUGAGCUUCCGGAUUCGUUCUCUUCAAACUCAGCAUCCGAACCCGCCAUCAGACGUCUUGCAACCCAUCUCAACGUUGCCGAUUGCUUCCAUCUUUGGUAAGUUUGUGUCAUGGUGAUGGAUAGGCCAUUACAGUGUGAAGGAUGUGCAUAAUUAGUCACUUUUCUUACACACAAACAUAUUGGAUUGUAAGGGUUAUAGCUAAAACCCAUGAAAUCUGUACAUUCUUUUGAUUCUAUGGAGAUGUAAAGCUCUACUAAUUUGU